AUGAUGAAUGUUUCAAAAUGUAGUAAAUGUUCAAAGGUGCCAGAUGAUAUCCUUAUGUUGACAUGUAGUCAUGAUUUAUGUUUAUUAUGUGCAGCCAAAUCAUUUUCAAUGCAGCAGCCUAAAAGAAGCAAAAAAUUUUUUGUUUGUGACAUUUGUUCAUCUAAUACAGAAUUAGAUGCCAAUAGUGUUUAUGAAUUAGAAAAGCUACAUUUAACCAAUGCCAUUUAGGAUAGAUCUAAUCGUAAACCUGGUCAAUAGUCCAAAUCCAAUUUAUCAAUUGAGAAAUAAGUUAAACCUCGUUCACAGACUAGAUAAGAUAACAAAGAGAAUGCUAAAGAGAAAUCUGUUAAAUACACUAAUUAAACAAUGGAAGCCAGAGUUUCUAUACAUCAAUCUCAAAGGAAGAUGAGUAAGCAACAGAGUGAAAAUUCAUUCAUUUCACAGCCAAGAGGAAUGUGUGCUGAUCAUCCUGAAGAGGAAGUGUCAUACUUCUGUUUUGAUUGCAAUAGCAAAUGUAUUUGUCCAGAAUGCAUCAUACAUGGAAUUCACAAGAAUCACGAAGUUAAAACAAUCAAGAAAUCAUAUCCAAUUGUGAGGAAAUAAUUAGAAGAUCAAUUGGAAUAGAAUAAUCAAUGUAUAAUACAAGUUGAAAAUUACAGGCAAGACUUGGAAAAGAAGUAGAUACAAUAACAAGCAAUUCAAGAUCAUUUGAAGUUACAAAUAGCCCAAGAAUUUUAGAUUUUACAUCAAUUGUUGAAUAAUAAAUAAAGUGAAUUGCUUGAAAAAGUGGAUAAUUUACCUACAAUUAUGGAAUAAUAGGAAGGAUAUAUAAAUAGACUCAAUGAAGUUGAAAUCAAAGUCUAAAAUUUUAAUGAGAAAAUUAAUGACAUGAUAGAUUCCAAGGAUGAAUGUGGAUUACUCAAUUAUUAUGGAUCAAUUUAUGGUCAAACAACACCACAACUGCCACCACUUCCCAACAUUAAGGAAGUGCAACUAUCAAAUUAAAUAUUUUCAUAAAUUAAUGACGCUAAAAAGUUACUUGGAGGUAUGGAUAUUGAUUGUAAUUAAUGA